AUGGUAGGGAGCAUACUCAAGAUCGAAGGGAAGACAACCAUCCUCCAGCGAGUUUGCACUACAACAGAACAGCCGAAAAUUUUCAGUCAGGAUGGUCAUGAGAUUGACUCAUCCAAGCUCGAUCCAACUGCACAGAGAGGGGAGCAUGAUAUUGAGAAUGAAAUGAUAUUUGAGAGCAAUACAGCAUUUGUCUUUCAUGACUCACGUGGGUUUGAAGCAGGCAGAACAUCUGAGUUGGAUAAAGUCAAGGACUUUGUCCAAAAAUGUUCAACCAACAAAGAGCUCAAGGAUCAUCUGCAUGUGAUUUGGUACUGCAUCCCAAUCAAUGAUGAAGCCAGGCCAAUUACAAGGGCAGAGUUAAAUUUUUUCAAUGAGUGUGGGACUGGUAGAGUUCCUGUUAUUGUCCUGUUUACAAAAGCAGAUAUGCUUGAUGCCCAAACCAUCAAGCGCCUGGUUGAUACUGGAAUGGAUGUUGAAGCUGCUGCAAAUAAAGCUCCAGAAGAGUCAAUUGCCAUGUUUGAAAAGAAUUUUGGUCAGCAACUCUACAAGAAAAAGUAUCCUCCCAAGGAUCAUGUGUAUUUUCGAGAUAUGCAAAAUCCCACAAGUGACUGCAGUGAACUGCUGCAGAAGACAGCAGCUACCUUUUCAGAUGAUACACUCUUACAGCUGUUUCUUACAGUGCAGCAAAAUAAUGUGGCUCUGUCAAUUGAAUAUGCAAUUAUAAGUGGGAUAAUACUGAUGAUGAUCAUGCCUUGGGUUUUGAACAGGAUGGUGCCCUGUGUUUUAAAUAGAAGUUCUACAAUUUUAGAAAAACACUUAUGA